GGGCGAUGGAGGCGCUGGCGGAGCUGCUGGCCGCGCUGCCCGCACUGGCCACGGCGCUGGCGCUGCUGCUGGCCUGGCUGCUGCUGCGGCGCAGACCGGCCGCGAGCUCGGACCCCGACCGCGCGGCCCCGGAGCCCGCGCCCCCGACCGCGGUCAGGGCCACCUCCGCGCCGCCCGGCCCCGCAGCCACGGAGGACGCGGCCGCGCCCCAGGAGCCGGGGGAGCCCGCGGAGCCGGCGGAGGAGCAGGCCGCCGAGGAGAAGCAGGAAGAGGAGCAGGAGCAGGACAGCGAGGAGGAGCCACCCCCAGCAGAGCCUGAGGAAGACGAUGGAGGAGAGGCCUUCUUCAAGUACAGCCCCGGGAAGCUGCGGGGCAGCCAGUACAAGAGGAUGAUGACCAAGGAGGAGUUGGAGGAGGAGCAGAGAGUUCAGAAAGAGCAGCUGGCGGCCAUCUUCAAGCUCAUGGAGGACAACAAGGAGACGUUCGGCGAGAUGUCCCACGGCGAUGUGCAGGAGCAGCUGCGGCUCUACGACAUAAGGACUUCUGGAAGCUUCUGUAACUAUGGAAGCAAGCAAGUGGGGGAGCACUCUCUCAGCAAAAAAGCUAGUUCAGCCCCACCGUCCAUCCUGGAACAAAGCAACGGUCUCAGGGUGAAGCCCCCGCCAGCAUUUCCCUCGCGGAGCAUGAGACUCACUUGACGUAUCACUAAGUAAGCACCUUACAGAGCACCGAGAACUACGCAGACACAACAGAGGGGAGACACGCCCUGGGCCUGGCGCCGGCCUUCGGGAGGUAAAGCCUUUAGAAGGCAGGCAGGCACAGGGGAGGCACCUCCCAGGCAGCAUUCAAGAAAAUGCUAAAAAUAAAGUCAAUAAAAUCUAAUAAAAUCUCAGCACACUGUCGGGACCCCUCACGAGAGCCACCUGUUUCUGUGAGGGGUAUUUCAGAGCCAGUGAGUGAGGAAGAACCCGUGAUGUUCUUACAUUUUUUAUUUGCUGGAAUCAAACGAAACCCACACACAGCAUUAAAUGAGGCCGUGGCAUCUGACGCACCUCAAGUGAGCAACACCGGGGACAGGCACCUCCUCUCCUCUGCUCGCCAGACCCCUCUCCUCCCACCUGUCGCUGUAAUUCCUCUGGCUGCUCUGCUGGCAGUCGGCAUGGCGGGCGGUCUGCGCUCUUGCCCGUGGUUAUACUCAAAUGUCAGUGCUUUUUACUCUUAAAAAUUAUUUUUAUCUUUUUUGCCAAGCUUUUAAAAAUUUUCUGAUCUGAGAACUGUUUGUCCCCUUUCUGGGGUCUCAAGGA